AUGGCCCCAUACUCCCAAACCACCACCGCCGGGAAAAAAGAUAAACGUGUAGAUGCAAUCCUUGCUUUCGCUCAGGAGACGCAGAAGAGACUGCCUAAUUUAAGAGACAAGAACCAAAUCCAAUAUUUAAAUGACGAGCUCGAGAAACAGAUCCGCACUGCCAAAUCUCUUUUGACACACGGAUUUCAAAGGCGCGAGCAGCUCAACUUAACAGGCACGGAUCUUUGGAACCUAUGUGUUCGAUUGAAUCAUGAUAACGAGGACCAGUUGUUGUCUUUCCGCAGGACCAUAACUCUUUGCAGGGUCCUUGCCUUCGAGCUUCUGAUGCUAGCAACUGAUAUCAACAACAAUGCACCACCGAAUGACUUGAUCCGCUUGGCCAAGCUUGCCAUCAAAAGCGGAAAAUCAUGCAUUAAUGCAGGCGAAAUCGAGUUUGCGCUUCUUGUUCUGCAGAAAGCCGUCGACUACAAUGGGAUUUUGCAGAAAUUGGAGGACGAAUUAUCAGAGGACGAACAGACCAUCCGCAGAAGACUUGAAGCAGAGUAUUUCAUUCUUCGAACAGUAUUAUCGUGGAAAGAAGGCCGCCUCGAUGUCGCCGAGCACAUGUACGCCAAAUCUGAGUCGUUAUUGCAGAGGCUGGAUUCGAUUUCGGCUGAAAGUUUGGCCGACGCCCUCUAUGAGAUUGGAAACGACCUUCUCCAAAAGAGUGAUUUCCUAAUGGCCGUCAAGUGGCUCGAAAGAGCGUAUGAGCUUAUUAACAACCAGGAGCUUGAGCAGCUAUCACGAGAAGCCGUCGAACUUCGUCUCUCCAUACUGCACAGCCUCGUCCACUCACUUCUAGGUUUGGAAUCUACCGAGAGCUUCAAGAGAGCAGAAAACCAUGUUGCCUGCGUCGAAUCGGAACUUGGAAACAAGCUUGUCGUCUUGCUUCUACGAUUGGAAAUCCUUCAGAAAGUACCAGCAGAAGUGUUCGACAGCGAGGCUUAUGCAAAUAUUCUUCGACGCAUGGUCCGAUCAACAGCUCUGAGCGACUCUACAUUCAAACUACUUACUAGCCACAUUCGCAGACUUUAUGACAAAAGCCCUACGCUAGCAUUUCAAGUUCUUGACCAGUUCCUUCUUGAAAAACUUGUGCCUUCCGAGAAAUUGGAGUGGAUUGAACAUGCUCUCCUUCUCAGAGUCCUGCUGGCAACGAUUCAUAGGGACAUCUCAGAAACGGUAGAUAACUUGAAAUUAGUUUUCGACCAUACCGCCGAGGGCUUGGGUAGGGCCUUGACUGUCAACCCAGCUCAGGCUAUCUUAACGCUCCUCUGGAAAAAGGUGGAAUCACAUUCUGCACAAGGGCAACUGGAUCUGUGCGAGUCAUGGUGCCAUUUGGCCACUCACAUGUUACUAGAACAACGUGGGCUCAUCAACACUGGAAAGAUAGGCAGAAAGCUUAUUCUCUGUGCUCUGGAACGAAACGACCUGGACACCGCAAGAGAAGUACUCAUGUCUAUGGAUGAAGGGACUCGAAGCCAACCAAUGACUAUAUAUCUGGCUCUGAAGUUAGCACUUCGCAUUGACGACUCAGAACUGGCUGUAAGUUGCAUCGAAGCAGUAGGUAAAGCAACUCCGAAAGAUUCUAAGUUCUUAUAUGCAUGUUGCCUGGAUGCACAACAGAGCGGGGACAAAGUCUGCACCUUGAAAGCUCUGAAGCUUCUUGCAGAGAGAAAUGGGUUUGGCCAAGAUGGCGAAAUUCAUUUUCCAGCUCUUCUCAGGUCGAUUAUCCGCGUUCAGUCGUCUUUUCUUGAAGCGAGGGAUGCCGCCGUUGAUACUGAAAUAGUUGUGGACGAUCUUUGUAAAACCUUCGAAGGCGUUGUGACGAUGCUUAAGCGCGACCCCCAGGCUCCUGAUGGCACAAAGCUUUUUACCAUUCCAGAAAUCAAUUGGUUCAGCAAAAACGCAUACAACUUGGGGAUCAAACAUGUUUCCAAUUGGAAACUGCGAUUCGUUAUCAGAAUACUUGACGCUUGUAUUUCAAUUGCUCAACAUUAUCCAAGGGAUAUGCCACGCCAUGAGAUGGGAGACAUCCUUCUAAGAGAUAUGUUCUGUCACUUCAUGAUUGCCACGUCAUAUAUCGCACUGGCCCGCUCGGAAGACAACAUCGAGACACAACUGCAGGAUUAUCUCAAUUCGCGCAAGCAUGUCAGAGCUUUUGAGACGAGACUCGAGCAUAUGCCUUCAAAUGACGAAGAAUGCCACCAUGAUCUUAGGCUGAAACUAGCCACACUAUUUGUUUUCGAUUUCGAGGCUUGUAUACAUUUAAAGGCGUGGGACGAGCUUGUCACUAUUGCUCGUAAAUCUGGGACUUAUAAAGAUCUACAAACCCUGCAAGCCAUCGCAGACAGUCUACUUAGGGCUCAGCCACCAACGCAAGUCGUCUAUUCAACAUUACGGUCUAUCAUCAACGAUAUCUUCAAAUUGGAGAAGUUUGAUAAUGGAAAGCUUGCGAAGUAUAUGCGCUGUCUCAUGAAUAUCACGAUGUCUGAUGCAAAACUGUCUUUGAUGCUUAUUGAGGAAAUAUCUGUCAUGGUGAAACAAGCAGCAGAGACAAAGAAAUCGUUUCCAGAGGUGGAGCUCGAGUGGUUUGCCACGACCUCUUACAACCAAGCGAUUGAUUAUAAUCUGAGCAGAGAGGAUGAGCUUAGUCGGAAAUGGAUUGGCCACGCUUUCACAUUAGCUUACCAUCUCCACGACGGCGGUGUUCUGGAGAAGACAAUGCAGAAAUGUUAUACCAAGUUGAGCUGGGGCCCAGGGUAACAGUAGAUAAUGGAGACAAACAAGGAGUCGUGAUGAGAAAGUUCUGGAUCCCAACGUUCUUUUACGUUCAGUGUCUCACAAACCUGCCC